AUGGAUGAAGCUAAUGAUAAUGCUAAUAGAAGACAAGCACUGCCUGCACCUAUUCACACUAAUGUUGAUAAUAGUUUGCCGGGUCCAGUCAGUGCAUUAACACGCAGAGAGCAUAUUACUGCACAUUCACAUGAGCGCAGCAGAUCCUCGUCAGUCGAUGAAUCGACUGUUGAAGAUUGGACUAUUGACCGAGUAGUGCAGUGGUUAAGAGAUAAUGGAUUUAGCAACUAUAUACAGCACUUUAUUGAUAAUAAUUGGUAUGGUAAUGCAUUCUUUGCAUUAACUAACAUACAAAACGUAAAGGUACCAAAAGGAGAUCGAGAUCAGAGAUUCAAGCUUAUUACCGCAAUAAGAAAAGUAGCUGAGAAGGCCGAUAUCAAAACGGAACCGCAAUCUGCAGUGGACCAUUCCCCAGACAGUGCCCUUUCCCUCAUGCUUCCAACGAUGAACUUUUUUGCAGGGACGUCAUCUCCUACGACAUACACUCAACCACUACCCGUUCGAGUAAAUUCUGAACCCAAGAUUCCUCUUUCUUUGAGACUGACAUCAAGUACAAAUGAUCUAAAAAGUCAUCUUAAUCUUGGUGAACGAUCAUCUUCGCUCUUGUGGCGCUUAAAGAAAAUAAUGGCAACUUUGGAUAAUUUAAACUUCCGCGUUGUUGAUAUCAGUGACCCGGAAGACGUUAACAAAAUCAAGGACAAAGUAUUAUUUGCACUAGGUGUUAAGGGUGACCAUGACCACUAUGUUUUCUAUGCAACUGAAAUUGAUCUGGACAAACUUGGCGAAAGUCUUAAGGACGAAGAAAUAAUAGAACGAUGUCGGAAUGCAGAUACGAAGGGGGCACUAAAAUUAUUUGUCAGACACAUUGCAGUUAAGAUUACGACUUUACCACUGUCACAAUAUGAGCAACGUAGAACUCCAGCUGAUCUGAGAGCAUCAACUAUAUCUAGUUCAUCGUUUACGAAUUUUCUUUAUCAUGAUGAGUUGCAAGAACAAGAAAUGUCGUUAUAUUCUAAACGACCCGAAUCUAUACUUAAUGGUCGCAACGUUAUGAAUAGGGGAUCGAGGCCGGCGAAAUCUUUCAAUGCGUCAUCAUCUAUUCCGACCAGCUUAAGGCCUGGUGGAUUUAUAUCGACCAAGCCAACUAGUUACGAGACAGCUCAUCAACUAUCAUUAUCGGACAAAUCAUCUCAACAAUCGGUUUAUUCAGGCCCAUACAAAUAUCUUAAUAAGAUUAACAAAUCAGAUAUCAGCUUACCAUUACAUUCAUCUAUUGCUAAUAAACCCUAUGAUUCGAUAGAAACCUAUCGGCCGUUUCACGUAAAUGUAUCAGACACAGAUCUGCAGCGGCGAAAACAAAAGUCAAGGACAUUUCCCAUCAGCACUCGGGAUGGCACACAGGAUGACUUUUGUAUAUCAUGUAUAUCUGAAUCUAUAUUGAAUGAGAAACAAAUUGAGGGACCACGCACACAGGGAUACGAUAUUUUUAAUCCAUACGCCGAAGACGGGCGUCGAGCUAGCUUCCAUAGUGAACCCAAUUUUGAAGAUCGGGCUGUAACACCGGAUGUUGAGAAAUCGGCGAACACUGCAGAUGAUGAUUUGCCAUUAUGGCCUAAAUUAGAUAUACCAACACAAACGAACGAUAGUACAGAUGACAAUAAUGACGAUGACUUAUGGAUCCAACCACCUAUACCCAACAAGAACAAUAACAAUGCUCAAUCGGAAACUGCUAAUGACAGCUUAAGCAACAGUUCAAAUCUAACAGGCGACACUUACGUUCCAGAAAACAUACAAACUGACCAGUCAUCUCAAACGUUAAUUGAAUCCAGGUCUUCAGAACAUGAUCCUCCAACUUCUUCCCAUGCAACGAAUGGCCUUCGUCGUAAAAGACACUCUGAUGCAUCAUAUGACUCUGAAACCCCCAGAGAAGCAUCUAAACUUCAACGCACUAUUUCCCUCCGCAGAGGUGUUAAUGUAACCUGGGUGACACGUCCUAGUGCCGAGGAUGUGUACCAUGAUCUGGAUAAGUAUUUUCCGGGACAUGAUCUUGAUAAACCCAUUGCUGAAGGAAACGGCGGUUUGGUGACCUACGCUGAUAACCGUGGAGAGACCCCAACGCCGCCCGUAUCACCGACUACUAAGACGGAAAAACGAGGUGCUCCUUUGCAGCGUUAUAAAUCUAUUCGAUCAGUUGCGCAAGAGGCGAAAGACCGCGAAAAGAAUGAAAAGAAAGAGCGAGAUGCUAGAAAGAACUGGCAGCAGACUACAACUGCUAUUAGGGCUGCUACGAAAUUGAAGAGAAAGGCAACGAAAUUUUGGGAUAAGAGGGUUGUGGAAAUGCGGCCCGGAAGUCAUGGUCAAAACAGUCCGGUCGCAAGCCCUUUAGAUGUUACACCCGAUGUAGCAUUGGCUGAAGCCGGUCAGAACAAAAAAUGUGAACUUAUUGGAAAAGGAACAUUCGGGAAAGUCUACUUGGCACUUAAUGUUUCAACAUCCGAGAUGAUCGCCGUUAAGCAAAUUGAAUUACCAAAGACAAAAGCGGAUCGGCUGAGCGAGAGGCAGAUCAACUUGGUGAAAUCUUUCUAUUCUGAAAUUGAGCUUUUGAAAGUUCUUGAUCACGAGCAUAUCGUUCAAUAUCUUGGCUACGAUGAAUGUGGGGAUACAGUUAAUAUUUUCCUCGAGUAUGUCAAUGGUGGAUCGAUUGGUACAUGUCUGCGAAUUCAUGGUCGAUUUGAGGAGCCAGUAGUUAAAUCAUUUACACGGCAAAUCUUACUGGGUUUGGAAUAUUUGCAUGGGAAAGGCAUUCUUCAUCGGGAUAUAAAAGCGGAUAACAUUCUUGUGGACGAAGAAGGUUGCUGUAAAAUAUCCGAUUUUGGCAUUUCAAAGAAAAGCGAUCACGCAUUCGCCUAUGACAACAUUUCAAACAUGUCUCUUCAAGGAACGAUAUUCUGGAUGGCACCGGAGGUGUUUACAAAUGGUUAUAAUGCAAAAGUCGAUAUCUGGGGUCUUGGCUGUGUGGAACUCGAGAUGUUUACCGGAAAGCGUCCUUGGGAGAAGUUUACCGACGUUGCUGCAAUGUAUCAACUUGGAACAGAGAAAAAAGCGCCACCUAUAAGCGAUAAAAUUAAAAUGUCAGCGGAAGCACGAGACAUGCUGGAUAAAUGCUUUAUAAUAGAACCGGAACUGCGACCUACAGCCGCCGAACUCUCGGAACAUCCUUUUGCUAAAGAAGAUCCUAAAUUUCGAUUUAAAGUGCGUACCAAGUUUUAUAUGUCGUCCUUUUUAUGA